AUGGGCGGAUAUGAGAAGGGCUCUUGGACUCCGGACGCCGAGAAUGCCACUUCGGCGGCGUACGCUGAUGCCGCAACAAAGAGACCUGGGCUUGAUCGGUAUGGCAGGGCAGGGGCAGUGUCUCACAAGAAGAGGUGGCUGAUGCUUGCUGGGGUAGCUGCAGUGCUGGCUUUGCUCGUCGUUGCAAUCGUGGUGCCCAUCACGCAAAUCCUUCUCAAGGACGACAAGGGCUCUGGAAGUCAGUCUGAUGAGGCGGGCACCACUCAGACCGAUAGCUCAGGUCACGGAACCGGCGGCAAAGUGCUCACUUCGGGCACGAACGGAUCGGUCAUUGACCUGGGAAAUGGGCAAAGCUUCACGUACAUCAAUAACUUUGGCGGCAGUUGGCGCUCCGGCAUCCUAGAUGACGGCGCACAAGCGCAGAGCUACACAAAGCCCCUCAAUCAGCAAUGGGAUUGGGCAGCAGAUCAACAGCUAGGUGUGAACCUCGGUGGUUGGUUGGUGAUCGAACCUUUCAUCGUGCCUGGCCUUUUUGAGCCAUAUGAAAACACCUCCACGCCCGUGGUGGAUGAGUGGGGACUAGCUCAGCGAUGGCAGAGCGAAGGCAGGCUGGAGCAGAAUUACAGGCAGCACUAUGAUACCUUUGUCACUGAAAGGGAUUUUGCCGACAUUGCAGCGGCAGGACUCAACUGGGUGCGCUUGCCCGUCGGGUAUUGGGCGCUGGAUGUUGAGGAGGACGAGCCUUUUUUGGCACACGUGUCGUGGGAGUACUUCCUCAAGGCGAUUCAGUGGGCUCGAAAGUACGGCUUGCGCAUCAAUCUUGAUCUACACUCGGCGCCUGGACAACAGAAUGAGUACAAUCAUAGUGGUCGCUUAGGUCGGCCGAUGUUCUUGAACAGCCCGCAAGGAAUCGUCUAUGGUCAGCGAGGCCUGAAUGUGCUGCGCCAGAUGAUCCAAUUCAUCAGCCAGGACGAAGUGAAGAACGUCGUUCCGAUGCUCAGCGUACUCAAUGAGCCUAACCUCAAUACUGGGAUAGGAAGGGAUGGACUCAAUUCUUGGCAUCAGGAAGUUUACUCCAUGAUGCGCAACAUCACUGGUACCGGCGCUGGACGGGGUCCCUUCAUGGUCAUUUCCGACGGGUUUCUCGGCAUUGGCCAAUCAGUCGGCUACAUGUCUGGAGCUGAUCGGAUUGGUAUCGAUGUGCACAAGUACAUCGCCUUCACCCCUCCCUUUAGCACCAACAGCGCGAGCGGCGCCCUGGCAGUCACUGCUUGCAAUGGAUACCGCGGAGACGUGGAGCAGGGUCUGACUCAGUUUGGUCUGACAAUGGUGGGCGAAUGGUCGCUGGCAUUGAAUGACUGCGGCCUGUUCUUGAAUGGUGUCACUGACGGGGUGCGCUACGACGGAAGCUACAAUGCCCGCGGACAGACGGCUACCAGACAGGGAGAUUGCCCAUACUGGGAUGACUGGGAAAACUUUUCCGCGGAGCAAAAGACGAGCUUAAGGCAGACUGCGCUUGCCCAAAUGGACGCCUACCACAACUUUUACUUUUGGACCUGGAAGAUUGGAAACAGUUUGAGGACUGGCAAGCCGGUGAAUCCGAAUUGGUCGUAUCAGCUGGGUUUGCAGAACGGUUGGAUGCCCACGGACCCCCGAAGAGAAGCCCAGAAUUACUGCCGGUCUUUGCAAUCGACCUUUCCCUCCAUUACCGGCACCGCGUUCACCAGCUGGUCUUCGACUUUCUCCAAUUGGAUGACUGGCGCCGCGAGCACUUUUAGUCCUCCUACUGCCUCAUACGCCUGGCCACCACAGAGCAUAGCAUCGAGCGGGACGGUACCUGUACUAGCAGUGUCGACGCUAGCUCAACUUACCCCUACAGGCAGCAUUCAGAUCCCGCCUACGCCGACAUUUUCGGCCACGUUCAGAGGAGAAGCGGUACCCACCCUAGGCGCUAUUGCCAACCCUUCGUACAGCCCAGGUUUCUACGUACAAGCUUCUGGCGGGAACGCGCGCAGGGAUUUGCUCGGAGCAGAGCCUGUGAGACGAGCUGCUGCUGCACCUGUGCCCACUCCAGCUCCUCUCUUGCCUCGCGCCUCCAGUGCUCGGUCUCAUCCGCGGGACGUGAACCCUUGA